AUGGCCCCAAAAGGAAAGAAGGUUGCACCAGCACCAUUUGCUGCUAAAUCAGCCAAGUCCGCUGAAUCCAAGAACCCAUUAAUCGAAGCCGCCCCAAAGAACUUUGGUAUUGGUCAAUCGAUCCAACCAAAGAGAAACUUGUCGAGAUUCGUCAAGUGGCCCGAAUAUGUCAGAUUACAAAGACAAAAGAAGAUUCUCUCGUUGAGGUUGAAGGUGCCACCAGCAAUUGCCCAGUUCAACCAAACUUUGGACAAGAACACCGCUGCUCAAACUUUUAAACUUUUCAACAAGUACAGACCAGAAACCGCAUCUGAAAAGAAGGAAAGAUUGACCAAGGAAGCCGCAGCUGUUGCCGAGGGCAAGUCUGCUAAGGAUGCAUCACCUAAACCCGUUGUCGUCAAGUACGGUUUGAACCACGUUGUUUCCUUGAUUGAAAACAAAAAGGCUAAAUUGGUUUUGAUUGCCAACGACGUCGACCCUAUUGAAUUGGUUGUCUUUUUGCCAGCUUUAUGUAAGAAGAUGGGUGUUCCAUACGCUAUCGUCAAGGGUAAGGCCAGAUUGGGAACUUUGGUCCACAAAAAGACCUCAUCCGUUGCUGCUUUGACUGAAGUUUCAUCCGCUGACGAAUCGGAAUUGUCUAAAUUGAUCUCAACUAUCGAUGCUAACUACUUGCAGAAAUACGAAGAGAACAAGAAGCACUGGGGUGGUGGUGUUAUGGGCUCCAAGGCUAACGACAAGAUUGCUAAGAAGGCUAAGAUUGCUGCUACUGCUGCUACUGGCCACAACUAA